ACAUUCGAUCAGCUCAGCAACAAUGUCAUAACGUCAUCUUAAAUCUCAUGCCAUGAAGCUCACAUGGCUGGCAUGCUUGGCCACAGUCGGGGCGGCAUAUGACUCAUGCUAUCACGAGGAGGAGAAGGUGCACUACCGCCACGGCGCCAUCGAGUACCUGCGCGGACAUCCAGGGUACAAGGGCGCGAUUUACCGCGUGUGCCAAGACGGCGUGUACCACUGCAAAGUCAGCGAUCAAAUCCUAGACCAGCCAUCGUUGCCAAGUGUAGACUGCGACCAAGCGCUGGCAGAAUACGACAUCAUGCACGACCCAGACGUGGAUAUGGGGCGACGCCUGGGACUCAUGGUGAACCCCCCCGCGGCCGAGCUGUGGCCGGCUGGCGUUGUCUGCUAUGCGCUGUCGGACAAGGCCGAUCCGGCCAUCAAGCCGUACCUGGAAGCCACCGUGACCGAGUACCGCACAAAGACCCCGAUUCGCGUGAUCACAGUCGAGCAAUGCCUCGCCUUGCGCAUGCCAACCUUGUGUGGGAAUUGCAAGAACUUUGCACUUGUGGAGGACUCCAAGCCGGGCUGCUUUGCAUUUGUGGGAUACGAAGGCAAGCCCAACCAAGUGAUCAACUUGCACCCAGACUGCUACCUGAACCAGCCCCCUGGUCACGUCCAGCACGAGUUUGGGCACGCCAUCGGCCUCUUUCACGAACAUGCGCAUCCUAAGCGCAAGAUCAUCAUCGUCGAAGAAGCGCUCAAAGCAUCCCGCAACAACUACGUAAAGAAAACGGAUACCAAACUGACCGCGUACGACAUGGGGUCGGUCAUGCACUACGGGGCGUCGGGGGGCGUGUGCGUUCCCACCGACUUGACUGUCCAGUUCUGCGACAUUGACGAAAGCAGCGAAAAGACGGGGUGCGUCGUCCCCACCCUCGACGACUGCGACGACAAGGCGUCGUUGGUGCUGGGCCAGCGAGAUGGACUCAGUCCCACAGAUGUCGAAAGCAUCGAAGUGCUGUACAAGGCAAUAUCGUCCAAAGAAGUCAAAGCGAUCGACCGUCUCCUCUUUCACGCUACUCAAGCCGACCAAGCUGAUGCCACCACAUCCAGCGAUGACGAUGAUGACAAUGACAAUGAUGACAAUGACGAUGACAAUGAUGACAAUGACGAUGACAAUGACAAUGAUGACAAUGACGAUGACAAUGAUGACGAUGACGAUGACGACGAUGACAAUGACGCAAUGUAA